AUGACCGCUCUCAUGUUGGCAGCUUGCAGCGGCCACAUGGAGAUCGUACAAUUGCUGCUGGAAGCCGGUGCUGAAAAGGACUUGACAGAUCAGUGUGGCAAAACAGCUCUCAUGUUGGCAGCUUCCAUCGGCCACACGGAGAUAGUGGAAAUGCUACUGGAAGCCGGUGCUGAAAAGGAGUUGAAGGAUCAGUCUGGCAUGACAGCUCUCAUGGAGGCAGCAUGCAACGGCCACGCAGAGCUCGCGCAAUUGCUGCUGCAAGCCGGCACUGACAAGGACUUUCAGCAUGAAGACGGCCGGACAGCUCUUAUGGUGGCGGCUGUCAAGGGCAACAUAGAGAUCGCACAGUUGCUGCUGCAAGCCGGUGCCAAAAAGGACUUGCAGGAUCAGUGUGGCAGGACAGCUCUCAUGGUGGCAGCUACCAAGGGCAGCAUGGAGAUUGCACGGUCGCUGCUACAAGCUGGUGCCCAAAAGGACUUGGGAGAUCGGAACGGCAGGACAGCUCUCAUGGAGGCAGUAUCCUUUGGCCACACGCAGAUCGCAAAGACUCUGCUGCAAGCUGAUGCCAACGCGGACUUGCAGGACUUCCGCGGCAGGACAGCUCUCAUGGAGGCCGCAGGUAAGGGCCACACGGAGAUGGCACAGUUGUUGUUGCAAGCUGGCGCCGAAAAAGACCUGCAGGGUCACGAGGGCAGGACAGCUCUCAUGGAGGCAGCUUGCGAGGGUUACGUGGAGAUCGAGCAGUUGCUGCUGCAAGCUGGUGCCAACAAGGACGUUGCAGAAUGA